AUGACUAAUUCUGUUCCAUCAACUGAUAAUGUUGAAUUUGGCCGUAAUACGAUGUGCCAUUUUUUAUCAUCAUUCUUUCGAAGUCUUACUCGAGUAACUGAUGUUCAACAAGAAAAAUUUUUCAAUUCAAUUAAUCAAAUUGUUAUUAAUACACCAAGUGUAUUCGUUACAGAUGCUGAUAAACAACAUACACUUGAAGAUAUUCGUACAACAAAUUCUUAUUAUUUUGAUGUUUAUAUAGUUUCAUUACUUGUUUGGACACUAUCGUCAAAAAAAUUCACUUCAAUACAAGAAAAUACUAUUGGUGUACUUGCAAAUCUCUAUGGUGAAUUAUCACUUCGUUGGCCUGUUCUAUUUCGAAUAUUUACUAAUGAAUUAAUCGAUACUUUAAAUGAUACUAUAAAAUAUGAUAUUGAAUUUAUCGAAGAAGAAAUUCAUCAACCUAAACAACUUCAUCGUUUUCUUGUACCUGAACAAGUUAGUUCAUCAUUUUCAACUAAUGUUACAAUUGAACGAUGUGUUAUCGAGUUUAAUUGUUCAGAUGAUAUUAGUAAUUUUCAAAUAAAUCUAAUCUCGGUACUUAAACAUCUUACUAGUAUAUUAUCAACAUUACUUGAUCGUCAAACAAUAUCAAUUUUAAUUGGAACAUUAUGUGAAUUAAUUCGUACAGCUGAUAUACAUGUGAAAUCAACAGCAUUUUCAUUUUUUUCAUCUUUUAUUGAACAUCGUUCAUUAGAAUUAUUAAUUGGUGAUUUAAAACCCUAUGUUUAUUUUUCAAUAUCUGAUAUUCUUUUAACAAUUAUGAAUUUUAUUCAUACAGAACCAAAGCAUUCGACGCAACUUGAACAUGAUUUUUCUCAUUUUCUUAAAAUAAUUUGUCGAAAUCAUGAUGAAGCAAUCGUGUUUUUUGCGGAACAUAUUGGUUUUGUUAUACCUCGUUUAAAAGAUUUACUUAUUCAUAUUAGUAUAGCUAGUAAAGCAGAUAUUGAAUUUCAUAUGAAUAAUAGACCAUUAAGACUUUUUGGUGAAGUACAAACAGAAAUUUAUCUUGAACAAUUUUCUAUAUGGUUAUCAAUUUUAUUUGAAUGCGGUCAAAGAGAUAUUGGUACUAGUUCAUUAUUAGUUAUACAUGCAUAUGAAAUAGUUGAACAUUUAUUAGCAAAUCUUGAUGAAUGUCUAUUAGCAAAAUAUUUAAAUCAUGUAUUAGGAAAAGUUAUUAUUUGGUUGAUUCAAGAAAAAAAUCGAUCUUCACAACAAUCAUUUCGUGUACGACGAAUACGAUUGUUAAAAACUAUAUGGCAACAUUUGAAAACGACGUUAGAAAAAAGUACAUUCAAUAAUGAAGAGGAUGCUUUACAACGUGUUUUUAAUGUUUAUUGUUUAAUAACUUCUGUUUGUCAAGCAUUUAUCGGAUGUCAAAAACGUCAGAUUAAAUUAGGAUCAAUCGAAGAAAAUGAAUUUUAUAUAUCUUGGUUAACUAUCGAUGAAAUUAGUUCGAUUUAUGGUUAUCUAAUUAAUAUACUUGUUUAUCUUGUUAAUAGUGUUACUGUUGGAUUGUUCUCUCUUGCUUAUGAAUAUGUUUUAGCUACAAUUGUUGCAACAUCAAUUUAUAUUUCCGAUCAAUUAGACGUUCGUUUACGUGAAGAUACUCUAUCGAUCUUAUGUCUCUCUUGGUUAUCUUCUCUUUCUGAUUGGUAUGAUUUUCAACCGAUAAUGGAUACAUGUAAAAUAACUAAACAACUUGCUCAAACAUUUCAAUCAAAAUUUAAUCAAAAUGAUCGAUUAAUAUCUUUAAAAUGUUUGUCAUUAUUUAAUUCACAAUUUUAUCCUAUACUUCGCCUUCAUAUAUUUUCCUCAUGUCUUAAUGAUAAUGAUAUAAACACACAAUUAAUGGCACUUAAAGUAUUACCAUUAAUGCAAUAUAAUUUACAAACAACAUCUUUUUUAUCAAUUUUUUAUACAAAAUAUUGUCCAACAGAUAUUGAUGCUAGACUUAAACCAAUAGUAAUAGAUAUUUGGCGUAUGCAUCGAUGUUUAUUUGAUAUUGAUACUAAUACUGUUCAAUUAAAAAUUCAUGAUCAUUUCAAUCAAACUAUACUCAAUUCAUUUGAACUUAUCUGUACUUCAUGUUCAUCAUUAAAUAAUAAUGUUUACAUUCGUACACGAUCAUCAACAAUUAACAACACUAAUUCAACAUUAUUUUCCUUAUCAAAUAUUCUUCCAAUAUUUCAUUUAUUUAAUCAAACAUCUAUUCCAUGUAAUUAUAUUUCUCUAAUUGAGUUUUUUCAAACAUUUGAUUUUCAUCCAUUAUUUAUUCGUCCUUUUAAUGAACUUGAUGAAAAUUUUCUUCAAUUAAAACAUCUAUUUAAUAUUUAUCUUAAUCAAAAUAAUCAAGAACGUUUAUGUUUAUUAUCCAUCAUGCCAUAUUUAUUUAAAACAAUUUUAAUAUUAAAUAAUCUUCAAUGGGAUAAUUGUCUUAAUGAUAAUCUUGAUCAAUUUUUAUUUGAUACAUUAACACAAUUAAAUAAUGAUGCUAUUCGACAAACAACAAAUCAACAUGAUGAUGAUUAUAGUCGUUUAAUACAUUUAUGUGGUUUAAUUGCUCGACGUACAUGUAAUGAAGAUAUAUUUGUUUUUGUUUUAUUUAUUUUAAUAAAUGGUUUAGCAACAUCAUUUCAACAUACAUCACAAAUUGAAUUAAUGAAUAUAGCUAAAGAUGAAUAUUUACAAAAUCAUAAUCAAAUUCAAUUAAAUAAAAAUAAAAAUCUUUUAACAAUAAAUGAAAAUAUUGAUUUAACAACAAUUGUACAACAACAUACAGAUAGUUUAUAUCGUCUUAUAUCACAAUCAUUAUUAUUAAAUUCUGAACAACCAUCAGAUAUAUGUUUACGUCAUUUACAUUUAUUAUUUAGUAUGAUGCAACAAAAUGGAAGUUCAUUUAAUACAUAUUUAAAACGUAUUUUACCAGAUUUAUUACCAUGGAUUGUUGAAGAACGUUCAUUAAAUGCAAGUCGAGUUGUACAACAUAUUCGAACAGCAGUUAAAAUGUCAAAGAAAAAAGUUAUUUUUGAUGCAUUUCCAGCUAUAUAUUCACAUGUAUGGAGACAUGUACGUCUUGAUAAUAGUAAAACUUUAAAUGGAGAUUAUUCAAUAAAUCGUGUUUAUGAAGUUAAUGAAUUUAUUGAACAAGAAGCUGGUGCUGAUUUAGCUGCUGUAUUUCGUUUUGGUGGUCCACCUAUAUUUAGUAAAUUAUUACUUUAUAUAAGUACACAUCCUGAACAUGUUAUGAAAGGUUUACAAAUGGCUGUGGGUAUAUUAGAUGGAAUAUCAUUAACAAUGGAUAAAGAUUAUUCAAAUGUUGUUACAAAAGAAUGUGUUUAUAAAGCCUUACAAUCGAAAUUAUUAGGAAUUUUAUGUGAUUUUGAAACAGAAUUAUUAUCGAAUAGUACACCUUUACAUUCGAAAAAAAGAGUUUUAUUAAGUUUAACUGAAGUAUUGAAAAUUAUGGGUAAGUUUUAG